CGGUCUGGAGGAGCAAAUUCGGACCGCACCGGAAAUACCUAUUGAGGAAAAGAAUAUUGGGUACCCGCCGCUGGAAGCUGCUGGAGAAUCUUGUGUUCCACACAUUCGGAAGAAAGAUUGGUGGGGGAAUUUAUCUCCUCAUUGCCAAAUUUUCGACGUAGUGGAAAACAAGAGUUGGGCCAUGGACAGCCGCUUGCAGGAGAUCCGGGAACGGCAGAAGUUACGGCGACAGCUUCUCGCGCAGCAGUUGGGAGCCGAAAGUGCUGACAGCAUUGGUGCUGUGUUAAAUAGCAAAGAUGAGCAGAGAGAAAUUGCUGAAACAAGAGAAACUUGCAGGGCUUCUUAUGAUACCUCUACUCCAAAUGCAAAACGUAAGUAUCAAGAUGAAGGAGAGACAGAUGAAGACAAAAUAGAAGAAUACAAGGAUGAAUUAGAAAUGCAACAAGAGGAAGAGAAUUUGCCAUAUGAAGAAGAAAUUUACAAAGAUUCUAGUACUUUUCUUAAGGGAACACAGAGUUUAAAUCCCCAUAAUGAUUACUGCCAACAUUUUGUAGACACUGGACAUAGACCUCAGAAUUUCAUCAGGGAUGUAGGUUUGGCCGACAGAUUUGAAGAAUACCCUAAACUGAGGGAGCUCAUCAGGCUGAAGGAUGAGUUAAUAGCUAAGUCUAACACUCCUCCUAUGUACUUACAAGCAGAUAUAGAAGCCUUUGACAUCAGAGAACUAACACCCAAAUUUGAUGUGAUUCUUCUGGAACCCCCUUUAGAAGAAUAUUACAGAGAGACUGGCAUCACUGCUAAUGAAAAAUGCUGGACUUGGGAUGACAUCAUGAAGUUAGAGAUUGAUGAGAUUGCAGCUCCUCGAUCAUUUAUUUUUCUCUGGUGUGGUUCUGGGGAGGGAUUGGACCUUGGGAGAGUGUGUUUACGCAAGUGGGGUUACAGAAGAUGUGAAGAUAUUUGUUGGAUUAAAACCAAUAAAAACAAUCCUGGGAAGACUAAGACUUUAGAUCCAAAGGCUGUCUUUCAGAGAACAAAGGAACACUGCCUUAUGGGAAUCAAAGGAACUGUUAAGCGUAGCACAGACGGGGACUUCAUUCAUGCUAAUGUUGACAUUGACUUGAUUAUCACAGAAGAACCUGAAAUUGGCAAUAUAGAAAAGCCUGUAGAAAUUUUUCAUAUAAUUGAACAUUUUUGUCUUGGUAGAAGACGCCUUCAUCUAUUUGGACGAGAUAGUACAAUUCGACCAGGCUGGCUGACAGUUGGACCAACUCUUACAAAUAGCAACUAUAAUGCAGAAACAUAUGCAUCCUACUUCAGUGCCCCAAAUUCCUACUUAACUGGAUGUACAGAAGAAAUUGAGAGACUACGACCAAAAUCACCUCCUCCCAAAUCUAAAUCUGAUCGGGGAGGUGGAGCUCCCAGAGGAGGAGGAAGAGGUGGAACUUCUGCUGGCCGUGGGCGGGAAAGAAAUCGAUCUAACUUCAGAGGAGAAAGAGGUGGUUUCAGAGGAGGCCGUGGAGGAGCACACAGAGGUGGCUUUCCACCUCGAUAGUUUUCUAGGAUAAUGAUCCUAUUUAUGCCCCGUACCUUCUUUAUUAUAGUUUGUAUUUCAUGUAGGAGACACUGUUUAGAACUCUUUUCCAGCUUGCACAUUGCCUUAGUUUCUCAAAGCUGCAGGAAUAUCCUAGCUAAUCUCCUUUGCAUUUGUCACUGUCUAGUUUUGUCCAGGAUAAACGAGUCAUCCUGUCCUGUCUUUUGUCAUGUUCCCAUAACCGAACAGAAUGCAACAACACAGAUACCUUCACUUUCAGAGGCUGAGUUUAUUCUGAUAGAUUUCAGCUAAUUACCGAAGCUUUUGCUUUUCAGAAAUGCAGUGAGCGGUGAAAAAGACCCAAUCUGGAGGAUCAUACGAGUGCUGACAGUAGUUAAUAAUGGGCAUCCUGCCACUGCUAUCACAGCAAAUGGGAAGCUAUUUGGGAGCCUUGAUGGAAGGAGCUGGGACAGAUGGUAAACUUCUGUUAGGGUUUUAAAAUAUUCUUGAUGAAACAAUAAAAAGAGGCUUCUUUUUUCUUUCUUUAUAAAAAAAUUUAAAUAAAUUCAUAUUAUUUGACUACAGAAGAAAUUGAGAGAUUUGGGAUAAAAUCACCUCCUCCAGUCUGAUCAAGGAGGUGAAGCUCCCAGGGGUGGGCAGGGAAGAGGUAGGAGCUAAAGGGCAGACUUUAAAAAGCAAAAAAAAUGCUCCUUAUAAACUCAGAUGACUGUAGAUGACUCUUGGUCAUACUUCCUAAGAAGCAAAUGAAGACAAAUAUCCAAGUGUUAACCUUUGGUCUGGAGUUGAGCUUGGAUUGACUUUGAAAGCAUUUUCAUAUUCCUUAGCAAAAUAAAAGAAUUGGGAGCAACAGAGACACCUGGUUAUCAGGUACUUGGUUUGAACAUUUUGGAGAAUAAAGUACUCGGUAAUGGGGAAAUGACAUACAUCUUUAAACUUGUUAUGAAGAAAGCAUGUAAAAGCAAUUAUGGAAAACCCUCCACUUAGGAAGACAGCUUGGAAAUGGAACUGCAAUUGCCUUUUAAGGGACUGGUUUUGCAGAUAAGUUAGUUUUGUAAGAUUUUAGGCUGUCAUUUCACUUUCUGUACUGUAACCCCUGUUUUAAAUGAAUUUGCUGUAUGAAAUAAUACCAUUAUUGAUAAAUGUAUUUUUAUUUUGUGUAUGUUUUUUUCUAAUGAAACUUUAAAACCUUUGAAA